UGCACGGUAGUUCUCCCAGCAAAUAAAAGACGCUGUGCCUCCUCCUCUCCAAAAUCCCUAACCCUAACCGCGGCCACUGCCUCUCCCUCCCUCGCGCUCCAGACAUCCAUCUCGAGAGGAACUAGGGUUCCAAUCUACAUCCUUCCAUUCCGGCCAUGGCAGAUGUGGAUGCUGACGUGGCUCCAGGGCAGCCGAAGAGGAGGACGUUCAAGAAGUUCAGCUUCAGAGGCGUGGAUUUGGAUGCGCUGCUCGACAUGUCUACCGAUGAGCUGGUCAAGCUUUUCCAUGCUCGGGCCCGCAGAAGGUUUCAACGUGGUCUGAAGCGGAAGCCGAUGGCUUUGAUCAAGAAACUGCGCAAGGCGAAACGAGAGGCUCCACCUGGCGAGAAGCCUGAGCCAGUUAGGACCCACCUCCGCAACAUGAUCAUAGUGCCCGAAAUGAUUGGAAGCAUCAUCGGGGUAUACAAUGGGAAGACCUUCAACCAGGUUGAAAUCAAGCCCGAGAUGAUCAGUCAUUACUUGGCAGAGUUCUCCAUCUCCUACAAGCCGGUGAAGCAUGGAAGGCCCGGUAUUGGUGCCACCCAUUCUUCGAGGUUCAUUCCUCUCAAGUGAGAGACUUUAUUUCUCCAGUUUUACUUAGGUUUUAUUAGGGUUUCUACUCUUUUUCCAUGAGGGAUUUUAACUGACGUUGAUGGCACAGUAUGCUCUGUUUUUCUCUCUCUUUUUUUUGGCUUUCCAACUACUCUUUACAAGGUAAAACGGUUGCAUUCUUAGAAGCUUUGUAUCUCUGGACAAUUCAAUCACUACCAUCUUCUCAUAAA